ACAGUUAAAAGGCCACGUUGGCGACCAGACAUGUCAUCUUUUCACAUCAGAAUGUUUCUACAAGUUCUGAACACUUUGUUGCUGUUGGAAUCGGCGUUUUCUGACACAACUGUCACAAUCUACAACGAGUGGCUCUCCCAGGGUGGACGGGUCAAUUAUGAAGUUGAACGAUGGAACAACGUAAAUGGGCUCACCCAACUGAGCCUAAUUCCAAGUAUGAAAUCUAUCGGAGCGGUUCCUGGGCGUUGGGUAAACAGAGACCUCAGAGAUAAUCUCUUUGUAAAUUGGCCUCAAAGCCCUAGUCACCAUGGCUAUCCGGACCCCACCUAUCUACAGAACCAACCACUGCAGAGACGGACAUUUUUGACGUAUCUCAAACAAUUGCAAGACUAUGGGAAUUACAUCGCCAAUAUGGCCUGGGAAAUGAAAGGUCUCUCCUGGCCCAGCUGGAUAGAUAAGUCUCAGCAUCAAGACAAAUUCCCAAACGAUGUUGACGCUGCAUCCGAGUUUGUCUCACUGAUGGUUCAGAGCUGCAAGAACUACACAUCAGGACGUCUUCCUUACAUAUUUGAAGUCAUCAAUGAACCUGAUUGGGAUGAAAAGUAUAUUGAUCCACAAACCAAUAUAGAUUACCACAGGGCCGUCGCCGACAAACUGAAAUCAAGAUUUGGAAUGAAAGUGGCUGGACCAUCAUUCACUAGUAUGGCCUUACGACUAGCAGAUGAAAAUAACUUCAUCUUCUGGAAGAAAAUUGCUAACUUUAUGGACAUGUCUCUUGAUCACUUGGACUUUUUCUCUUUCCAUUCCUACAAUCAUAUUUUCAAUGCAUCAAGCGAAUCCUACUAUGGUAUCAACGAAGACCGUUUGUUUGCCUCUCUUGACAUGGUUGAGAAUUAUUCUCAUCUCAAGAAAGGAAAAAGUGUUCAAUUAGUAAACACUGAAUUUGGAGUAGGUUUACUUACCAUGGGCAUUGCGCCCGAUUUUGAAAAUGGACUGAUAGACUUUGAGACAAUUUAUCAAGCAAACGGUUUCAUGUUUUCUUUCCUUAACCUCAGGGAGUUUAUGGACAGAGCUACAGUGUAUCUCCUCGCAAAUGAACAAUACCCUGGCCAUACUGCCCUUCGGAAUUCCUUAUUCACAAAAGAUGGUCAUCCACUUAAUGCGACCAAAUUCUUUCUAUUUUGGAAAAACUUUAUUGAUGAUCAAAAGUUUCUCCGAGUCUCUAGUCAAUACGAUGGAGAGGAGAAAAUAGUCUCACCACUUGCACUAGCAAAUCCUCACACCAAUGAGAUGGUAGUUCUUCUCCACAACUUUGGCAGUGAAUUUGAGAAUGUAAAACUGGACUUCCAAAACAACUGGAUCAAUCCUUCUUCGGGUGAAGCGACAUGUAUUCUGUUCGAAAAGGGUAAGCCAGCUGUUCAUGCAGAUUACCAUUUCAACAUAUCCGGGGUUAAUGGCACCGUCGGUCUUAAUGGAUCAUCAACAUGCUUCUACAAGUUUCAAACCAACUACAUCUUUAACAGAUUACACACAGAUAAUCAGAACACAUACUAUGGCAGGGACAUGCUCAUUCCCAUCAGCAAUGAACGUGCACAGACAACCAUCAGUGUACCGAGCUCUGGCUACCAUGAGGCCAAUCUUAGAGUAGGAAUUAGUCGUGGCAUGAGAGACAAUACAAAACCUAAGGCAGUUGUAUUCAAUGGUCAGACGUUGUCGUCAAGCUAUAUGUUGUUUGAUUCUAUGAAGACAACAAAAAUGAGGACAACAACAUGGAACGUGUGGGAGUUCAUGGUACCAGCAUCGCUGGUGAAAACAACCAACACCGUCAGCAUGACCUUUGAUGGGGACGGUGGCAACGUGACUUCCGUUGCUCUUGUUGCAGGAAAACUUGAGUAAAUAAAUGUUCUUAAGAAUA